GCUCGAACUGUCAGUACGAUUUAAAAGCGUCUCGAGUACGAAUACGGAUAGGCAAUAAAAAGUAAACGAAAGAGUGAAGUAGUGAAUCGACACUCACACUCGUACUUUAGUGCUACAGACGCAGUUAGAAGUAGCGGAAACCGCGAUUGCAGCGACGGAGGAUCUAUUAUAGAGUCAAGAAGCAAAAAUUAAAAAAACAAACUCAAACGCGACGAUCGUUAAAAGGAUAAAAGCACAGGGAUAAAAAAUGGAAAUUUUAUCGGUCAGAGUGUCGUAUAUCGCGUUGGCUGUGCUGAUUGCUUGUGUGCUGAUGGUAGAAGCACGACCACAGGCGCCGGAACAGCCCGAGCCGUAUGAAUACCAAUACGAGGUUAAGGAUCCUGAGAAAGAAUUAUUCUUCAACAAAAAUGAGGCGGGUGAUGCUGCGGGAAAAGUUUCUGGCCAAUAUUCCGUAUGGCUACCAGAUGGACGCCUAAUGACCGUUGCCUACACAGUAGAGGGAGAGAAUGGUUUCGUUCCCAAAGUGUCGUUUGACACAACUAAUCCACUGGGUUAAGGCAUUCAUAAGAUCCACAAGAACGCAUGGCUAGAUAAAACUCCUUUCAAGGACUGCAAUCAAAUGGAAAAUGAUAACAAGAGUGGUGAUGGAACCUACAGGUCAAAGGUUUAGAAUGAGAAAAUAAGUAAAAAUUUAGUUAAUGUUUAGCUAAAAAUUUAUGCAGACGCAUAGCGAAAUUUGCAUAUUUAAGAAAGCAACAACACACACAGA